AUGUCUAAGCAAGGGAAAGUUUAUACCAAUGGUCUCAGAGCGAAGGAACAACGUUUUCAGAUAUUUAAGGACAAUCUUCAUUUUAUCGACCAACACAACGCCAAGAACCUUGGUUACAAGCUCGGUUUGACACGGUUUGCUGACUUAACCGUCCAAGAGUACCGAGACCUUUUCUCUCUAGGCCCUAAACCGAAACAAAGGGAUCUCAAAAUCAGUCGUAGGUACGUGCCACUUGCGGGAGAUGAGCUCCCUGACUCCGUUGACUGGAGAAAUGAAGGUGCAGUGUCGGAGAUUAAAGACCAAGGCAUAUGCAAUAGCUGCUGGGCAUUCUCGUCAGUGGCAGCUGUGGAGGGAAUAAGCAAGAUUGUGACAGGAGAGUUAAUCUCAUUGUCGGAGCAAGAAUUGGUCGACUGCAACACGGAGAACAACGGUUGUUAUGGAGGAGGCUUAAUGGACAAAGCUUUCAAUUUCCUUAUCAAUAACAAUGGUCUUGAUUCCCAAAUGGAUUAUCCAUACAAUGGUGUUCAAGGCUACUGUAACGACAUAGAGAACAAUAGAGUUACGAUUGAUGUCUACGAGGAUGUGCCUCCGAAUGAUGAGAUUUCGCUACAAAAUGCGGUUGCUCACCAGCCUGUGAGUGUUGCCGUUGACAAAAGCUCCCAAGAAUUUAUGCUCUACCAAUCGGGUAUAUUCAAUGGACCAUGCGGGACAGAUCUUGACCACGCGGUUGUUAUAGUUGGGUACGGUAGUGAGAACGGUCAGGACUAUUGGAUCGUGAGGAACUCAUGGGGCACCAACUGGGGAGAGGCUGGAUACGCUAAGAUUGCUCGUAACUAUCAAAGUCCAACAGGUUUAUGUGGGAUUGCGAUGGUUGCUUCAUACCCUACCAAGAACAAGGCUUCCUAUGCAUGA